AUGCUGACUCUUUUCCUGUCAGUGACGCUCCCUGCAAUCUCCGUGGCGUUGAGACAACAUGGGGUCCCCGAGGCAACGGAAAUGCAGCUGCUCCAGCACAAGUUCACCCUUGAAGGCACGGCAGAACAGCGCCUCACAGAAGCUCAGCCGCUAACCUGGAUUCAUUUCCCAAAGUGCGGCAGCUCCUUCAUUAACACCCUCGUUCACCUGCCCGACACUUGCCCAUCUUUGGCCGAUCGCGCCCUCAACGAAGACACGGUCGCCGGCGGCGUUUGCUGGUUGGCCUGUUGGCUUGAGACUGAUUGCUUGCGUGUGUGCCAUACCGGCAAGUAUACCUGCCCGCAGCCGCUCCGCGCGCACCUCCCUGUAACCAACUACUCCGCCCAGCAGGGCCACUUGGUGGGAAUGUUCCGCGAUCCGGAUCAGCGCAUCCUUUCUGGCUACCAUGAUGAUGCCAACAACUUUGCAUCCUACCCAGAUGACAUCUACAGCCGAGAUCUCGGCACAAAGUGCUGGGGUGGGGUCCUGGGGGAAUUGCCGAAGAGACCGCUCUCAGAGUUUGCCGAGACGUGGAAGGGUGGCAUGACGUUCCAGCUUGUGAGCGAACACCCGACCGCCCAUACUUUGGAUCCGCGCCGGCCCCAGAUGACGCGCCAGGAUGCCGCUGAGGCCGCGCGGAGGGUCCGCGAGGGCUUCGCCUUCGUAGGCCUCACAGAGGAGUGGGACUUGUCAAUCUGCCUCUUUCACAAGAUGUUUGGAGGAUCAUGCCAUGCCUUUGAGUUCGCAGACACGAGGCCCAGCUUUGCGGGGAAGAGUGCCGACAAAGACUACGACACCUCGCAGCUUGAAGGCUGGCACGACGACAUUGACGAAGUGGUGUAUGCCGCCGCACUGGAGGUUUUCCGCCGAAACCUUAUCUUGUUCAAUGUCUCACAAGAGACCUGUGAACGCUGCGAAGAGGUUUCGCUGAUCCAGUCUGCCCGAUCGCUCUUUCAGAACGUUGAGUUGGCCACGGAAGAGCAAACAGCAGCGCACUUCCAGAGCUUCAAGACUGCAUUGUUAUCAAGCCACAAGGAACUUAAGUGGCGCGUGCUACAAACCUUUCCUGCAAUGGAGCCUCAAGUGAACCCUGCCUGCAGCAACAUUGGGGGGAGAUUUCCAACCAUGGUGUCGCGCAACCAGUCCUUGCUGGAUGCGUAUGCCAAGUAUGCCUGCGGAGAUGGCAGGGAUUACUUCGUAACCGACCCAGCCAGAAGCCUGAACACAGAACUGGCACCUUUGGAGGGAGGAUGCAUUAACAUGCAAAGGCGGUGGAGGACGAUCAGAGUGACAUUGGCCGCGAACGCGAGCCAUGGCCAGUACCUGCACAGGGACUGUCCGGAGAGUUGCCAGCAGGAGGAGUUCUGGCAUCAGCUGCCCACGCAAGUGGUAGACCAGGACAUGCUGGUACUGCCAAGCAUCCGCUUGCCACCCGGGAUGGGGUACCAGCACGCAAUCAUCGACUUCCUACCGCCGGCCUGGACAGUGCUUGACAUGCUGUGGAACUCCUCCACGAAGCUGGUGGUCCACUCUUCGCUUCAGAGCAGUCUGUUGGCCAGUUUGGGCUUUCCCAAAGAGCAGAUCCUGGAAAUUCCCCUGACGGAGGAACGACCCGCGCUGCUGCUGUGUGCGAGAAAGGGUCGGACCAUGCAUUUGUGGCGUGUCAGCGGUACCUCUGGGGAACUGCCAACCCAUCCUUACCAGGAUCGUCGGGUCGAUGGAGACCUCUGGCACCGGCUCAUCGACCUGCAGGUGGGCCCGAAAAUCUCAGAGGCUAUCGCGCGGCACAAUGGCUUUGUGGAAGAGCCCUUCGCCCCGCGAUUGGUAGUCUUCAUGCAGCGCUGCACCGACCGACGCGCCCUGGAGAACGAGCAGGGAGCGCUGGAUGCCAUCAGCCGCGCCUUGCUCAAGUCCAAUCGGUCAGAGGAGCUGCUGUCAAUGUGCGCAGGCCGCGAGGACUUUUUGGAGCAGGUCCGGAAG